CCUAAGCUUGUACACGACUGCUUGCUUUCCGUUAUCCUAACAAUGUCCAGUCGUGUCAGAUGGGACUCCAAAUAAUGAACAAAAGCCAUGUGGGAAUUUAUCUGUUGACGUCCAAAUUACCCUAUCAUCGGACCUUUACGCCCAAACUUGCCGUUCUUUCGUCGACAUUAUCCCAAGAAAAUCCUUGUCCUUUUAUCUUGCCUUAGCGUUUUUUCUUGCAGUGUAAGUGCCAUUUCUCAUAAGUUUCCAUCUUCAAAUCCCAGCCAGCUGCAGCUCUGACAUAAAAGUCAUAAAACUUUUAAAGAUUACUCUCAACAACUCCCCCUCUUGUGGCAUUUGAAGCUUCUCAGGAGACAAGCAAGCUUGGGGUUGUAUUGUUAAGAUGAAUACCGCAACUAGUACCUUUGUCGUUAGAUGGAUCAACUUUCUCACUAUGGUGGUAAAAGAGUUAUGUUAACCGUAUAGCUUCAUGGAGCAGCUAUUAGCUGUUUCUGUAAUAGGAUUUGGUGUGUGGAUGAGCACUCACCAUGACAGCUGCCGAAAGUCCCUUACCCUCCCUGUUAUAGGCCUUGGUGCAAUAAUUCUUGUAAUAUCAAUAAUUGGAUUUUUGGGGGCGCUGAAGAACAACUCAAUCUUAUUGUGGAUUUAUCUGAUCUUGCUUUGCCUCAUUUUGGUGGGAAUAUUGGUCUUUACAGUCUUUGCGUUCAUUGUGACAAAUAGUGGAUCUGGUCAUCAAGUGUCUGGUUUGAGGUACAAGGAAUAUCAACUUCAAGAUUGCAGUUCCUGGUUUUUGAAACAGCUCAAUAAUACACACAACUGGGAACGCUUGAAGAGUUGUCUUGUGAAAUCUGAUGACUGCAAUAACUUGGCAAGAGAAUACAAGACUUUGAAACAAUACAAAUCAGCGAGACUCACUCCAAUAGAAGCUGGUUGCUGUCGUCCACCAUCUGAGUGUGGAUAUCCUGCCGUAAAUGCUUCAUACUAUGACUUGAGCUUUCGACCAAUCAGUUCAAACAAGGACUGCGAACUUUACAAAAACUCAAGGGGCGUCAAAUGCUACAAUUGUGAUUCUUGCAAAGCCGGAGUUGCACAAUACAUGAAGAUAGAAUGGAGGGCAGUUGCUAUCUUUAAUGUAUUUCUUUUCGUUGUCUUGUCAAUAAUCUACUUGGUAGGAUGCUGUGCAAGACGAAAUGCUGCAAAGAGUCCUGAGAAAGUGUGAAAGAAAUGCUCCAAACGUCGCGAGCGUGGAACUGCCAUUCCCAGCUGCAAAUUGUCGUCGAGAAGGAAAUCAUCUAUUCAUGCCUUCAAUUCACAAUCCCUUGCUUGUAAAUGAGAGGGUCCUAGACGAACAGUGAGACAGCAGGAACAUAUACAGAAUGCUGACUUUGAAGCUUAGGGGUGAAGAUAAUGGAAGAAACAUUCACCAAUUUGUAAAGUUGCUUUCUCAGAUUACAAGAUGGUUUUUUAUGGGACUGACUUUUGAUGCUUCGCGUGUCCAGUAUCAUCCCCUUGACAUGUUUUUUAAGUUUGCACUCUGGAAUCGCCAAUACCAAUAUGAGCUGCUAUUUGUAAAUAGGCACAGGCCUUAUCCAUUGGUAUAAUAGCUGCUAUUUGUAAUUUUUAUUCAAGUUCAUCACAUUCCACAAACCACCGUCUAAUCUAAUAUGAUUGUGUGUAAUUAAUUUCUAA